AUGUUCGAUUUUCUCCAAAACUUGGAAGACUCAGAAAGACCUUUACUCGGUCCUAACUUUUGGCUCAUAAAUAAAACUGGUCUUCUCUUACCUAAAACUAAUUUUGGAAAGUUGGCUUACAUUUUGGUUCACGAGAUCGUAACCUUUUUUGUUGUAACGCAAUAUGUUGAGUUGUACGUGAUUAGAUCGGAUUUAGAUUUGGUUUUGACAAACUUGAAGAUAUCGAUGCUGAGCAUCGUUUGCAUAGUGAAGGUGAACACGUUUGUGUUCUGGCAAACGAGCUGGCGGGAAGUCCUGGAAUACGUAAACGAAGCCGACAAAUUCGAACGAAACCAGACAGACGAAACGAGGGGAAAGAUAAUUGAAACUUACACCAAGUACUGCCGACGUCUCACCUACUUCUAUUGGAGUUUGGUAUUCACUACUUUUCUAACCACAACUAAUACUCCUCUAAUGAGAUAUUGGUCGUCACCGAUUUUUCGAGAACAUCUACGUAAUGGUACUGAAGAUUUUCCUCAUAUAUUCAGUUCUUGGAUGCCUUUUGACAAGAAUCAUUCACCAGGCAGCUACUGUACGAUUGUCUGGCAUGUUCUUCUGUGUGCAUACGGAGCUGCGAUCAUGGCGGCAUAUGAUACAUGCAUCGUAGUAAUCAUGGUAUUCUUUGGGGAAAAAUUGAAUCUGUUACGAGAACGCUGUAAGAAAAUGCUCGCUAAUGAUUUGUAUAAUCAUGCAUUCGUCAUUGGUCAGCUCCACGAUAUUCACGUUCAGCUUAUAAAACAGUCAAGGCUUUUCAAUUCACUGCUCUCACCGGUAAUGUUCUUGUACAUAUUAAUGUGUUCUUUGAUGCUCUGUGCCAGUGCGUAUCAACUUACAUCAGCAACGAGUACAGCUCAGAAGUUAUUGAUGGCAGAAUAUUUGAUAUUCGGCAUCGCUCAACUGUUCGUAUUCUGCUGGCACAGUAAUGACGUUUUAUUCAAGAAUGCGAAUGUGUCUCUCGGCCCGUACGAAAGCAACUGGUGGUCGAGAAGCCCGCGCGUCAGAGCGGACGUGCUGCUCUUGUGCGGACAACUUCGCGUCAGACAUGUCUUCACGGCGGGACCUUUCGCGGACCUGACACUUUCAACUUUCAUCAAGAUCUUGAAGGGAGCCUACAGCUAUUACACUUUAUUAAGAAAAUAA